AUGAACCGGGAUCGCUACUGCCGAGUUUCCAUCUCUUUCAAACGCUCGUCCGUCAUCCCAUGCCAGCGCCUCCAAUCUCUUCCAACUAUCGCCGAAAAUAUGCUCCUCGGAACCAGUGCCUUGGUCCUAGUCGCCCUGGCGCUUCGGGUCUCGGCCCAGGCCCAGUUCGCCAUCCCCGGCGGGACCUACGUCGGCUGCGCCUUAGUUAUCGACAUCUACGACUUCUUCGACACUAUCAACGACGCAAACAACAACCCCACCACAUGCCAGACCACCUGCUUCGCGCGCGGCAGCCAAUUGAUAGCCCUGUAUGGGCCAACGUGCUUCUGCAGCAAGCCCGGCAUCGACAUGAACAAUGUCGACGUCGGCUCCGGGUUCAAUGAGGCGCUGUGCCCCGAUUCGUGCCCUGGACUGCCCGCUGCUCGGUGCGGCGGGUACACGUCGAGUGGGUAUGGGUAUAAUUUGUACAUUUUGCCGCCACCUGCCGUGACGACUACGACUAGCAGUAGCAGCAGCAGCAGCAGCAGCAGCUUGUCCAGUAGCAGUUCGACAAGCAGUUCAUCAAGCACUGCCUUGUCCACCGACUCUUCCACCACUACAAGCACCUCGAGUACUAUUUCCACGUCCUUGACCACUUCCAGCCCGACCUCCUCCUCGUCCUCGUCCCCGAGCACUGGGACCACUACCAGCACGUCGAGCUCAUCCACCACCCAGUCUACGAGUAUCACCACAACCAGCUCCUCCUCGAUCACGAUAUCCUUGUUGUCUAGCAGCUCGAUCCCGGGUUUUAGCUCUUCCUCGACGGGUCUAACAACUUCCAGCUCGCUAUCCUCAGGUUCAGGGACUACCACCGCCAGCACAUCUUCUCCCACACUCAACUCGGCGAGGAGCAUGACCAGCGCGCAGUCCACUUCCAGCGGCAGUUUGUCUCAGGUGUUUACUUCCAUGGGACCGUCUUCGGCUCCUUCCAGCCAGACAUCAACGACCCUAUCCGCAUCUCCGACGUCAAGUCCGGUCUCAACAACGCCCUCUCCAACUAUAAUAGGCACUUCUUCUCAGACAACCCCUAUCACAGUCACUACUGAGUCCCUCUCGGGCCUCUUUUUUCUUAGUGUUGCGGUAGCCAACCCCGCCUCUAUCCCUUCGACGUGA